AUGACCGACCCGGCGAAUACGAGUGUCAUCAAUUUUGGAGCUGGUCCAGCUAAAAUUCCUCAGGAGGUUCUGAAGAAUGUGCAGCGUGAAUUGCUUUCGUAUGCGAAUACGAAAAUAAGUAUUUUGGAAUUGAGUCAUCGGUCAAAUGAUUUCAAAAAAAUUAUUGAUGACGCCCAAGCCAGUGUCCGUGACUUAUUGAACAUUCCUGACAAUUAUAAAGUUUUGUUUAUGCAAGGAGGUGGAACUGGUCUGUUUGCUGCUGUGCCACUUAACUUGAUGUACAAAAGUGGUACCGCCGAUUAUUUAGUUACUGGAUCCUGGUCAGCUAAAGCAGCUAAAGAAGCAGGGAAAUACGGCAAAGUAAAUUUAGUGCUGCCAAAACAAUCCAAGUACACUGAAAUUCCUGAUCCAUCAACUUGGAAUCUGGAUCCUAAUGCUGCGUACGUUUAUUAUUGUGAUAAUGAAACAGUCCACGGUGUUGAAUUCAAUUACAUCCCAGAGACAAAUGGAGUUCCUCUUGUUGCUGAUAUGUCCUCUAACAUACUGUCUAGGCCAUUUGAUAUUUCCAAGUUCGCAGUAAUAUUUGCCGGAGCGCAGAAAAACAUUGGACCGGCUGGCGUAACUUUGGUGAUUGUACGAGAUGACGUUCUUGGUAAUGCAAUGUCUGUUUGUCCGACGAUUUUUGAUUUUUCAGUUAUGGCUAAUGACAAUUCCGUACAUAAUACUCCUCCUACAUUCCAAAUAUACGUAAUGGGACGUGUUUUUGAUUGGAUCAAACGUAAUGGAGGUGUGGAAGGAAUGGAAAAGUUAGCCAAUCUCAAGAGUAAAGUAAUAUAUGAUAUUAUUGAGGAAUCAAAGGGUUUUUAUACCUGUCCUGUUAGACGAGAUGUUCGUAGCCGAAUGAAUAUACCAUUCAGAAUAGGAAAUAAUGACGAAGAACUUGAGCAGGAGUUCCUUUCUGGAGCAGUCGCACGUGGCAUGCUUCAGCUCAAGGGUCACAGAUCUGUCGGCGGAAUCCGGGCAUCUUUGUAUAACGCCGUGACAGAAGAGGAUACCCAAACUUUGGCCAGCUAUAUGAGAUGGUUCUACCAAGUUCAUCGUGAAUAAAUAAAGAAGAUGAGAAAUGUAAAUAAUCUUCAUUUUGCAGGAGAAAUUAUUUUUUUAAAUUCGGUAAAUGCCUUUUGUAACGUGUUUUGUAUGGACAGAUAUUCAAAUGACGUGGAAAUAUAUCUCCUUUACCAAUAAAAAUUUAAUAAAUUUUGUUGUAUAAAACUUA